CCCCCGCGCGGUGCCAGAGAGAGGAAAGAAAAAGACGAGCGACGACGCGAUCGCGCGCCUCUGCUGCUGCCUGCUCCACUCGCGCCGAAACCAUCCAUCCAUCCACGACUUUUCUCUGUCUUAUUCUUUACGACUUCCAUCCAUCCACUCAGUCGCAAGUCAAUCUACCCACCAACGCUCACUUGUUGAAAAUGGCCCCGGGAACACCCUCGCCUUGGAAGGGAGCGCUGCGCUACAAGCGCAAGGGAGACCUCGUCGAGCUCGCCACUGCCCUGGGAAUCACCGAGGCGACGGAAAACUCGUCCAAAGACGAUCUCGAGGAAGUCAUCCGGACUCACCUCCUGGCCAACCGUACCAGCCUGGCCAGCGACCCCAACUGGCAGGGCCUUUACACGAGCCUUGACAAUGGCGAAAAGAGGGCUGCUAGGGGCAGUUCAAACGCGUUGAGCCCCGACAGCGAUGGCUCCGACGACUCGCCUGCCACGGGAAAGUCGCCUCGCAAGCACACGCAGCGCGGCAGCAAGCUUGUGCCCAACGGUCUGAGCACGCCUCUACGCCAGGCCUCGAGCAGCACCUCUGGCUUCGCCUCGCAGCUGUCGCAGCGCACCAAGCGCUCGUUUGAGAGCCUGGCCGACGCCUUCAAGGCGGGCGCAAAGGACGCGCGCGAAGAGGCCCACGACGUCGCAAACGAGGUUUCGUCUGCCCAGCACGCCCUGACGCGCCGGGUAAGCCAGACGAGCCGUCGCGUCGAGCAGCGCUUCACCAAGGGCUUUGAGCGCGCCAGGGCCUACCUGAGCAACGCCGAGCACAUUGCUCUUCUCCUCGUCAUCCUCGAGGGCGCCCUCCUCGUCACGGCCGUCAUGCCGACGAAGCGUGUCGAGCUUGGUGGCCAGCGCAGCGUGUCCAACUUCGUCAAGUCGGGCGGCAAGUCGGCGACCAACAAUGUGCCCCACUGGACCGUGACCACGCCCAACUUCUGGGCCCUCUUGACCUUUGUCUUCUGGAGGCCCAUCGUCCUCUGGUCCGCCUGGACCGUGGCCCUGCCUGCCCUGGCAGCUCACAUCAUCACGUUCGACCGUAAGCACGAGCCUUCGACGCUGACGUUCUCCGUUGUCCGUCUGGCCCUCAUUUCGAUUCUGACGCACACGACCUUCGGAUCGUUGCGCUCUGUGCCCCACGUCCUCGGUGUCGCUGCCGGCGAGGUCCGCGAAGCGGCUUCGUCGACGGUUCUCGGCAGCAUCACUAGCUCCAUCCGGAGCCUGACGAGCUACGACUUUGUUGUGCCCCAUGUCUCUACUGAGGUGCAGCUGCUCACGACGAGCCUCAUGGCCGCCUUUGCCACGUACGAGGUCAUUGCCAGCCGUCCCCGUGCUUCGUCCAGGGCCUAGGUCUUUGGCGAUCGAUCUCUUACCCCUCCCUCCUCCCCCUUCACCUUCUUGCGGGCCACUUGAUAUACCAUGGUCUGAGGUUUGCUUGUCUCUCUCACCCCCCUCUCUUUCUCUUCUUGUCUCGUGCCAUUUUUUUCUUUAUGCCUCUGUACGGUUCUUGUAAAGGCUCACGCUUCCCCAAUUGUUGUCUUUGUUCUCUACUCUAGUCGCUCUCGGCGCUUUAAGUGGGGACAAGCAAGGGAGUCGCUCAGCUCCUCCUUGAUGUACACUGUACCACCCUUUUCUUCUUCAUCGCUCCUCGUUGACACUCUAGCUAGGUCCUCGUUGUCGCUCUCCAUCUCUGUGUUAUCUCCCUUCUCACUUUCUCCUUUCCUUCUCUCUUGGAUCGAUUGAUUAAAUUACGAUGAAUGCUUUGCUUGGG